AUGGCUGAUCAACAGGCACAGAUAAGUAAUGCCAUUAAGGCCAUCAAUAAACGUAAUACCAAUGAAACUCAGUCAUUCACAUAUACCUUGGAUUCAGGAGAAGUUUAUAAUACCAAGGAUCGAGCUAUUGAGGAUGUAAAACCACCAGCAACUUUCCACCCUCAAGACGAUGAAGUAUUCUUACCUUCAGGAUUACCCAAUUGUGAGUUCUUAAAGACCCAUUUCUUCAACGAAGGAAGAUUAAGACAACACCAGGCUAUCAGGAUUUUGCACGAAGCCACGAAAUUAUUGUCCAGUGAACCAAAUUUGUUGGAAGUUCCUGCUCCCAUAACUGUUUGUGGAGAUAUUCAUGGUCAAUAUUAUGAUUUGAUUAAAUUAUUUGAAGUUGGUGGAGAUCCUAGUACCACCUCAUACCUUUUCUUAGGAGAUUAUGUCGAUAGAGGUUCAUUUUCUAUCGAAUGUCUCUUAUACCUUUAUUCCCUCAAAUUGACAUACCCGGAUAAAGUGUUUAUGUUAAGAGGUAAUCAUGAAUGUAAGCACUUGACUGAAUAUUUUACUUUCAAGAAUGAGUGUCUCCACAAAUACAAUGAAGAAUUGUAUGAAAAAAGUUUGGCUUCUUUCAAUGCUUUACCUUUAGCUGCUAUCAUGAACAAACAGUUUUUCUGUGUCCAUGGAGGUUUAUCACCAGAACUUAAGAGUUUGAAUGAUUUAGUUAAGUUGAAUAGAUUCAGAGAACCUCCAACUAAAGGGUUGAUGUGUGAUUUGUUAUGGGCAGAUCCUAUUGAAGAUUAUGAUGAUGACAAUAUCGAUCAAACAUUUAUGAAAAAUAGUGUCAGAGGAUGUUCUUAUGCUUUUACUUAUAAAGCUUCAUGUCAGUUCUUGGAACGUACAGGUCUUCUAUCUAUCAUCAGAGCCCAUGAAGCUCAAGAUGCUGGGUAUAGAAUGUAUAAGAGAACAAAAACCAUGGGAUUUCCUUCAUUAUUAACGAUGUUCUCAGCUCCUAACUAUUUGGACAACUAUAACAACAAAGCAGCUAUUUUGAAGUAUGAGAAUAAUGUUAUGAACAUCAGACAAUUCAAUGCAUCUCCUCAUCCUUAUUGGCUACCUCAUUUCAUGGAUGUGUUCACUUGGAGUUUACCAUUCGUUGGAGAAAAGAUCACUGAUAUGUUAGUAUCAAUCUUAAACGUUUGUACUGAAGAAGAAUUAAGUGAAGAGAAAGAUGACAACUUCAGUUAUGAAGUAUCGCAACCUUCAUCUCCUGUUGACAUGAGAGCUCCAGCUUCUUUGAGUGAUCAUGUUGAAGAAGAUACUUAUGAGGCUAGAAAACAAGCAUUACGUAAUAAGGUCAUUGCCAUUGGAAGGGUUUCUAGAAUGUAUCAAAUUUUAAGACAAGAAACUGAUGAUGUUGCCAGAUUGAAGGAGUUGAACGAUGGUCAAUUACCCAAAGGUUCAUUAUUGAAUGGACCUCAAGGAUUGAAAUCAGCUAUCAACAAUUUUGAAGAUGCCAAGAAGGCUGAUAGGGCUAAUGAGAAAUUACCACCAACUAAAGAAGAACAAUUAAGGCAAGAGAGUGAAAGACAACAACAAAUUAAAAGAGAAAUCAAUAAUAAUAGUUCUCCGGUAUUUCAAAACUUAAUAAGGAAGUUAUCACAUUAA